CGCAAUUCUGGCACAGUGUGUGUCGUGAGCACUCCCUAACCUAUUCACCAAAAAGAAAUUACCUAACACUCUCCAACUAAACUCUCUUAAAUUUACCCCCAUAAUGACAGUCGUCAAUAAAAAAAUAUCAUAAUCCAAAAAUCAUCGACGACUUCGCCCAAAACCACGUGAGCCCACUCCAAAUGAAAAUAAAAACAAAAAAAAAUGGAGGUAAUGCUGAUACAUUUUUAAUUGUUCUCUGAUUCCUUCGUGACACGAGGGUUUUCGCUACAUGACGAGUGGAAAAUCGAUGAGAAUUCUAUGAAGAAAUUGCGAAGAAGGAGGAGAACAUGACGAUGCUGGUGAAAUUGAUGACAUCUGGGGGCAUUUUUAACCCCACGAGAUUAACAAUAACUCGAAAAUGUGUCUUUCACUCUUGGAGAUGUGGGAAUCGGUCGAGCCCUGGGGUUCUGAGGGCCAAGAGCUUCCUGACGGGGCUGAGGUUCAGGACGAUUGAGGCGGUGAAAGGGGGUAAUGUUGUGGACAAGGCCCAGAAGAAGUCCGAGCUGAAGAGACUAUUCUCCCUGGCGAAACCAGAGAAGUGGAAGCUGACUGGGGCAAUUUGCCUCUUAUUCGUCUCCUCGACUGUUACUAUGGCCAUGCCAUUCUGCCUGGGGAAGGUCAUUGAUGUCAUUUAUACUGAGGACAAGGAGGAGACCAGGGAGAACCUGAACAAGUUGAGUCUGGGGCUGUUGACUGUCUUCAUUGUUGGGGGCAUCUGCAAUUUUGGGAGGAUUUAUUUCAUGAGCACUUCGGGGCACAGGAUCACUCAGGCCCUGAGGAAGAAGGCCUAUUCGGCGAUUUUAAGCCAGGAAACUGCCAUGUUCGAUAAGGUCAGCACUGGAGAACUUGUGGGACGGUUGACAGGUGACGCACAAUUAGUCUCCUCAGCAGUGACCAGCAACAUCUCAGACGGUCUCCGCUCCUCAAUAAUGACAGCAGCGGGAGUCUCCAUGAUGUUCUACGUCUCCCCCCAGCUUGCCUUCGUGGGUCUGGCAAUGGUCCCCCCGAUCGUGGGCCUGGCGAUAGUCUACGGUCGCUUCAUCAAAAAAAUCUCAAAAGAAGUCCAGAACAGCCUGGCUGUCCUCAACACCACAGCCGAGGAGCGCAUCAGCAACAUCAGAACGGUGAAGGCCUUCGCCCAAGAGUCCACAGAAAUCACAAGAUACAGUAAGAAACUCGAGGACUUGCUGUCCCUCUGUUACUCCGAGAGCUGGUACAGAGGAGUCUUCUUCGGACUCACUGGCUUUUCAGGCUACGUGAUAAUCCUCUCAGUCCUCUACUACGGAGGAGUCAUGCUGGCAGACUCAGCAAUAACCGUGGGAAACCUAUCAGCGUUUUUGCUGUACGCCGGAUACACAGGGAUUUCCAUCAACGGAAUUUCCAAUUUCUACACUGAAUUGAAUAGAGCUCUGGGGGCCAGCUCCAGACUCUUCGAGUUCAUCGAUCGUCAGCCCAGAAUUCCCAUCUCCGGUGGAGUAAUCCUGGAUCAUCCUCUCUCGGGGGAGAUCUCCUUCAGUCACAUUGACUUCACGUACCCCACGAGGGAGGGCUGUUGGAUCCUGAAGGAUUUUUCUCUUCAUUUGAAGAGUUCGUCGAUCAAUGCAAUCGUGGGGCCUUCGGGCUCUGGGAAAUCCACGAUUGCUCUUCUACUCCUGAGGCUGUAUGACCCGAACUCGGGGCGGGUGAUGCUGGAUGGACAUGACCUGAGGGAGUUGGACCCCGUCUGGGUGAAGAGGCAGAUUGGCUUCGUUUCCCAGGAGCCUGUGCUGUUCUCGGGGAGUAUUAGGGAGAAUAUCAGCUACGGCAGGGAAGAAGCCAGUGAGGAGGAGAUUUUGGAGGCUGCCAGGCUGGCUAAUGUCCUGGAGUUCACUCAGAGGAUGACGAAGGGAUUGGAUACUGUGGUGGGGGAGAGGGGAAUCACACUGAGUGGGGGACAGAGACAACGAGUUGCUAUUGCACGAGCUCUUAUCAAGAAUCCGAAAAUCUUGAUAUUAGACGAAGCAACAAGUGCCCUAGAUGCAGAGAGUGAGAGCUACGUCCAAGAGGCCCUGGAGCGUGCGACACAAGGGCGAACAGUUCUAACCAUAGCCCACAGACUGAGCACAAUAAAAAAUGCUGAUAACAUUGCAGUUCUCGAUCAGGGAAAAGUCGCAGAGACUGGAACCUACAACGAGCUGAUGCAGAUUGAAGAUGGCAUAUUCAAACGAUUAGUGAAACACCAGACAUUCAGUUGAGUGUUCAAGUACCUUCAUGACAUGUUGAAUAUUUAAGGUUGUUGGAGAAUUGUAAAUUUUGUUUAUAAAUGAGGUAUGAGGUAUAACAGUUUAUUAUUAAAAAUGAAAUUUCAUUGAAA